AUGGCUGAGAUCAUUAAUAAUCCUAAUGUUCUUGAGAGGCUGAGAGAGGAAAUCGAUUCCGCUGUAGGGAGUUCAAGGUUGAUUCAAGAAACAGAUUUACCAAACCUUCCUUACUUGCAAGCGGUGGUUAAGGAAGGGUUAAGACUACACCCGCCUGGCCCUCUCCUGGUAAGGACGUUCCAAGAAAGAUGUGAGAUCAAAGGGUACUACAUACCAGAGAAGACAACGCUUGUUAUUAAUGCUUAUGCUGUGAUGAGGGAUCCUGAUUCUUGGGAAGAUCCUGACGAGUUUAAGCCUGAGAGGUUUCUAAGUCCUAAAGAAGACGAGAAAGAGCUAGCAUUUAAGUACCUUCCUUUUGGCAGCGGAAGGAGAGGAUGUCCUGGAGGAAAUCUAUCUCAAAUAUUUGUAGGAACCGCGGUAGGAGUGAUGGUGCAAUGCUUUGAAUGGAAAAUCGAAGGAGGUAAGGUCAAUAUGGAAGAGUCUUUUGAAGGAAUGAACCUAAGCAUGGUGCAUCCGCUUAAGUGUGUUCCGGUUGCUAGGCCACAAGCUUUUUCUUUUACUUGA